UAAAGCUUGCGCACAAAGCAAAAAGUUGAUUCUCAUUUUUGAAACCGUGUUUUUAGCUUGAUUUUUAUUGAAUUUCAUCUGUCGCUUACCUAAAAAUGACCACAUUCAUCGGCUAAACCGAUUGCUAAAAAUAAUCAACAGGGAAACUAGUGUGAAGUGUGAUUAACACGGCCGAAGAAAAGAAAACGAUGACCAGCACAAGUCGCUUCACAUCGCCCACGCCUUCGACAGGGGUGAGCACACCGUGCACAAGUGGCACAGCCGCCGCAACCCCGAUGGGACCGAUUCCCAGUGCAGCGAACAAAUGGAAGCGGAUGCUAGAGUGCGAUGAAUUUGUGGGAGCUCGGCGGUCCAAGCAUACGGUGGUCGCCUACAAGGACGCGAUCUACGUUUUCGGUGGUGAUAAUGGCAAGAUAAUGUUGAAUGAUCUGAUCCGUUUCGGCGUGAAGGAUAAAUCUUGGGGCAGAGCAUUUUCGACGGGAACACCUCCGGCACCGCGCUAUCAUCAUUCGGCUGUUGUGCAUGGUACUUCAAUGUUUGUGUUCGGUGGCUAUACGGGCGAUAUUCAUUCGAAUUCCAACUUGACGAAUAAAAACGAUCUGUUUGAGUAUAACUUCCAAAAUGGACAGUGGACGGAGUGGAAGUUUGUCGGUAGAACGCCGGUUCCACGCAGUGCACAUGGAGCUGCAGUUUACGAGAAUAAACUUUGGAUUUACGCCGGUUACGAUGGUAAUGCCCGACUGAAUGAUAUGUGGACGAUUCGUUUGACGGGAGAUACACACCAAUGGGAGGAAGUUCAACAGAAGGGAGAGCGACCUCCGACUUGUUGCAAUUUUCCAGUUGCCGUCGCACGCGACUGUAUGUACGUGUUUUCCGGCCAAAGUGGACUCCAAAUCACUAACACGUUGUUUCAGUUUAAUUUCAAAGACAAAACUUGGCGUCGUAUAUCUAACGAGCACAUCCUGCGGGGAGCACCACCUCCGCCGGCCCGUCGAUAUGGCCACACGAUGGUUCAUCACGAUCGCUUUCUGUACGUGUUCGGAGGUGCGGCCGACUCCACUCUGCCCAACGAUUUGCAUUGCUACGAUCUGGACUCGCAGGUUUGGUCUACGGUGAUUCCAGCACCGGAAUCGCAGGUCCCUAGUGGUCGUCUCUUCCAUGCAGCCGCCGUAAUCGGCGAUGCCAUGUACAUUUUCGGCGGAACCAUAGAUAACAACGUACGCAGCGGAGACAUGUACCGAUUUCAGUUCUCCAGCUAUCCGAAGUGUACCCUGCAGGAUGAUUUCGGAAAGUUUCUGCAGAACCGACAGUUCUGUGACGUGCAGUUUGUUGUCGGUAGCGACGAGGUGCGGGUAGCAGCUCACAUCGCCAUGAUUGUCGCGAGGUCACAGUUUUUGAGAUCUAAAAUAUUAGCGGCUCGUGACGCGCGAAAUGUUCAUUUCGAAAAACUGUUCGGAACUACCGAGGUUCCAUUCGCCGAACGGCCAGUUCUCGAAGUUCAGCUGCCAAACGCACAACCAGAAGCAUUUGAGAUGGUUUUAAACUAUAUUUACACUGAUCGCAUCGACUUUAAAGACCCAUUUUGUAACAAAAUUGUGCUACUAAUGAUGGACGUCUACCAGCUGGCGGUCCAAUUCUACAUUCCACGCCUGGAGCAGCUCUGCGUGCAGUACCUGGAGUUUAAAAUAUCAAAAACCAACGUCUUGGACGCAUUGUACAAUGCAGAUCGAAUGGGUCUGACGCUAAUUAAGGAUCACUGUCUCGGUUUUAUCACAAAAGAGGAUCACUUCUACGACAUUGUGAUGUCACCGGAAUUUGCAGCCCUCGAAAAGCCGCUAAUAGUAGAAAUUAUUCGCAAACGCCUGAACCCAAGCAAACAUUCGACCGAUAUGAAGUACGACAAAACAAUCGGAACUUCACUGGAGAAUGACAUGGCCGUGUUUCUGAAGUCCGGCGGAAAAGAGUUCUGCGACAUUAAUCUAGUGCUAGAGGGAAAAGUAAUACCCGCUCAUAAAUCAAUCCUAGCGGCCCGCUGUACGUAUUUCCAGGCCAUGUUUCGGUCUUUCAUGCCAGCCGAUAACACUGUUAACAUUCAAAUCGGUGACAUUUCACCGUCCCAAGAGUCGUUCAGUUCGCUGCUGCGGUACAUUUACUACGGUGACACCAAAAUGCCCCCGGAGGAUUCGCUGUAUCUUUUUCAGGCCCCCUGCUUUUACGGAUUCACCAACAAUCGGCUGCAGGCGUUCUGCAAGCACAACCUUGAAAACAACAUCACCUACGACAACGUCCUGCAGAUCCUGGAGGCGUCGGACAAAAUGAACGUUCCGGACAUCAAGAACUAUGCGCUGCGCAUGGUGGUGCACAACUUUUCCCAGGUCGCCCGACUACCGAAGAUGCAGGAACUGACCCGGGAACUGCUGCUAGAUGUCAUUAUGGCCGUAGCGGACGCGAAGGGCGACGGCAGCAAACGCAUCAGCCACGAUUCCACCUUCAUCAGUCUGUACAGUGACAUCUGAAGGAUAGCUUUCUUGCAGCCGGUCCUGAGCAUUCUGUUGGCGUGGUUGAAGAACAAUGCGGACGCGUUGUCGUAAAGUGACGGGACUCUUGGCGUAGUGCGUGAUUGUGAUACUCGUUCUGUGACAUUAGGUCAAAAUUGGUGUUAUUCAUGGAAACAAAGCUUAGCUGAAGCCACUAGUUGCUAGAAUCUGAAAACAUAACAAUGUUCAAAACUUAAAGGUAUUUAUUUCAUUCCUUGUAGCAGGAAAAAAGUAGAUUGCUGGAUAAUCAGAUAACUAUCAGUGUUGCAUGCUUAUGAAAAUUUUAUCCCAUAUUUUAUUCUGCAUAAUAAAUCAAUAUAUGUGACGAA